AUUUUGAAGGCAUUGUAGACUGAAUCAUUUGCAGAUGUGACCAUGAGAAGAGCAGAGAAGCAGAAUGGCUGCAGUUAGAUGGAUACAAAUGUCUUUAUUCCUGAUGCUGGUGCUUCAGUUUACAGCAGCCACUAGGAGAGAGCCGUCCUUCUUCACGGUCAGUGCUGGAGAUGAAAUAACUUUGCAUUGUGGGAACAGAUCCGAACCUCAGCGUGACGCUGGAUCCACUGAGUGGCUCUUCAGUGGCUUCAGAUCACCUGAAACUGAGAUCCUGGUGAGAGAGAUGAGCAGAAACCUGACCAGACGAUCUGACAGACUGAGUGUCUCAGCAGACCGUUCUCUGGUCAUAAAGACAGUCACAGUGGACGACGUCGGCUUUUACACCUGCAGGAAGAACGUUUCAGGAAAACAAGAUGAUGCAGAUAUUUUUCUGUCUGUCAUUGACAUGGUGGAGCUGAAGGUCAAUGGCAAGGUCGUCUUGAACUGUUCUGUGCUGCAGUAUGAAGACUGCAGAUACGUGGUGGAGUGGUUGUAUGACGGUGAAAAGGAAAUAUUGUCAGACAUUGAAAUUUCACCACCUUCCUGCUCAGCCACCAUGACGCUUUCAACAUCCGGGCGUCAGCAGAAGCCAUACGAGUCUCUGACCUGUAAAGUCACCAACACUUACACUGAAAAAGUGGAACAUUUCCGCUACAAAUGUCCACCUCCUGUCAAGAAAACAGAUGCAAUUAAGAAAAAUCCACCAGAACAACAAGACUUUCCAUACUUGCUGAGAGGAAUCGUUGUGUCUGUGGGUUUGGCAGUUCUCAUGAUAUCUGUUAUUACAGUUAACAUAUUAACAAAAACUAAAGCAAACAAAUCAGAGACGAAUGACGACACUACACUUGACAACAAAGAAGAUGAAAGUAUAGUGAUGUACGAAAAUAUUAUAGUGCUUUCUGCGUCAGACAGACUCCAGUAAUCAGCAAACUCAAACUCAGGUUUGAGUUUGCAUGUUUUGCACUUGGUGAUGAAUUUCUCCUCUGGAAACUUUUCCUGGAGGAAAUAUUUUCUGAAACUGUGCUGGAACCAUAACGUUUGGACUCAGAGUUUAUGAAAAUAAAGGUGGAGGAAAUAACUUCCAGAAAGCAGCAGAACCAGAAGAAAAAUGUGACUAAAAGAGUGACACAUUAUUGUUAUAAUUUUUUGUGGAUUGAUGCUCUGGCUGAAUAUUCACAGCUUUUCUACUCUUUGAUUUUUGUAUCGUUCUUUACAACUUUUGUGUUUAUUAAAUCCUUGCAAAGAGAA